AUGGGCAUACAAGGAACACUACUAUCUCCUAUUGGAUAUCCAACCUAUCCUAGUAAUCCUGCUUAUAUACCUCAAAUAGGAACGACUUAUAGUUCGAAAAUGAACUUUUUUCAACGUGUUAAAAACACAAUAGCUGCAUGCUUAAAAGAACUCGUAGUGUUUAACGCUAUGAACUAUUUAGCAUACUCUAUUAAACAAGAAUUCAACAUUAGACCCGAUUUAGGAUUUUAUGAAUUAAUGUUAUCGCCAGAAAUGACUUUAGUAGCUGGAGAUUUCGCUGUAGAUUAUGCACGACCUAUACCGCCAAAUAUGAAACUAAUAGGACCACUAUCAAGUGUACCAGCAUCUCCAUUACCUGAAGAUCUAGAAAACUUUAUGGAGAGUUCGGGAGAACACGGUGUAGUUCUUGUAUCUAUGGGAACAAUUUUUGAAUUUCCUGAAAGUCUGAUACCGACAUUAGUAGCUGGUUUUAAAAGACUUGAACAGAAAAUUCUAUGGAAAACUAGGCUGAAUGUUGAGAACCCACCAGAUAACGUUAAAAUAGUAAGAUGGAUGCCACAAAAUGAUAUUUUGGGUCAUCCAAAACUAAAAGCAUUUGUAACUCACGGCGGAUCAAAAAGUAUAUACGAGGCCUCUUAUCACGGUGUUCCAUUAAUUGGUAUACCGCUACAACCCGAACAGCAAUUAAAUAUAGGAAAGGCAAGAGCUGCAGGAGUAGCUAUUGACUUGGAUAGAGAUAAUCUUACACCUGACGAUAUCGUUGAGUCAGUAACAGAAAUUACUACUAAUCCAUGGUACAAAGGAAACAUGUCUCGAAUAUCAAAAAGUAUACAAUCGCGACCCAUAUCACCAAGAGAAGCAUUAGUGCAGUGGGUCGAAUAUAUCGCUAACAACGAUGUGAGUCAUCUAAAACCUGUAGGACUUGGUAUGCCAUGGUAUCAGUAUUACCUUUUAGACGUUAUAUCUUUCCUUGUAUUUUGUUUAUACUGUAUAUACAAGAUAUUCAAGUACUUACUCUGUUGGUGUUGUUGUAGUAAGAAUGAAGAUAAAAUUAAGCGCGAUUAA